AUGGACAAUGUCACCAUCUUCACAGAAUUCCUCCUUAUGGAUGUUGCCGGCUCCCGGGAGCUCCAGCUUCUGCAAGGGGUGCUGUUCUUACUGAUUUAUCUGGGAGCAUUGACAGGGAAACUUGUAACUUUCACUCUCAUCCUGACAGACACACAUCUGCACUCUCCCAUGUACUUUUUCAUAGGCAACAUGGCCCUCAUAGACAGCGGCACCAUCUCAGUUAUUGUUCCCAAGGUCAUAGUGAAUUCCAUGAUGGGCAGUAACAUGAUCUCCCUGACAGAGUGCACUGCACAGAUUUUCCUCUAUCUCCUUUUUGCAGCUGCAGAGAUUGCAUUCCUGGUGAUCAUGUCCUAUGACCGCUAUGUGGCCAUUUGCUGCCCUCUGCACUAUGGGCUCGUCAUCAACCCGAGUCUCUGUUCCCAGGCCACAGCUGGAUCUUGGGCCUCUGGUCUGGUCUACUCUGUGAUCCACACACAUGCUUUGUUUAGGCUUCCCUUCAGCAAGACCAAUGUGAUCCACCAAUAUUUCUGUGAUGUUCCUCAAAUUCUGAGGAUAUCAUCCUCAGAUGUCCAGUUUUCUGAAUUUGUGAUCAUUGUUGUAUGUGUUUGCCUUGUCUUAUCAUGUAAUGCCUUUAUAAUUAUUUCAUACAUUAAUAUAUUUUCAACUGUGCUUAAGAUUCGUUCAGUGGAAGCCCGUAACAAAGCCGUAUCCACCUGUACCCCACAGCUGGCCAUUCUCCUGAUGUUUUUCAUUUCUGUAAUAGUGGCAGUCUUGGGUCCCAUUGCACAGAAACCAUCCCUGAAGAAUCUUCUGACUGCCAUGUUCUACACCAUGGUUCCCUCAUUCCUAAACCCCAUCAUCUACUGUCUACGCAACAGGGAGAUUAAUGCUGCUCUGAGAAGAGUGUUCAAUAUAUAUUCUAAGUUCCCAAUUAAAGGUUUUCUUGAGUAA